CUACCAGCUAUCGCAGCUCCGUUCGCCGGUUCCUGUGGGUUGAGUCCGUGGAUUUGCUGUGCCGAGCUGGAGCAAGCGUGCAGUCCGCUUGCGUGUGUCGCUCGUGCAGCAGCGAAGUCCGAAGUUGCGCGCAGACGAAUCCUUCGACGAAUCCACAAUCUCACCGUCGCUAAUUUCACCGACUGGCAUACCAUCUUUGCAACUUCAGGGCCUAGUAACAUCUUUCCACCGACCAAAGUCGACACUCGCUGAGAGACACCACGAUGUACAAUGGAUAUUCUGCCCACGCCAAUUUUAGGCCAAGAGGGAAUCGAGAUCAUCUGACUCGUAAUGGAGGAAACAGCGGAACUUACUGGAACAGUCAACAACAAACGCAGAAGGACUUUGGCAUUAAGAAACAAAACAGGAAGACCCCAGGCGAUUUACUGAAGAAACCUAAUUGGGAACUGGUAUCGUUGCCCACAAUAACGAAGAACUUGUACGCUCCGCAUAUCAAUGUUCUCAACAGAACACCCGAUGAGAUCACCAAGUAUCAUCUCGGCAAGGAGAUCACUGUCAAAGGCAACAACACACCUUCUCCCAUCCAGGCGUUCGAGGAGAGCAACUUCCCGGACUAUGUGAUGGAGGAAAUCAGGAAGCAGGGCUUCGCUGAGCCUACUGCGAUCCAGGCUCAGGGAUGGCCAAUUGCUCUCAGUGGACGGGAUCUAGUCGGAAUCGCCCAAACUGGUUCCGGAAAGACUUUGGCGUACAUUCUUCCGGCAACGGUGCACAUUAACCAUCAAUCUCGUCUCAGCCGCGGCGACGGCCCGAUCGUCCUGAUCCUCGCUCCUACGCGCGAAUUAGCCCAACAGAUACAAACGGUCGCGCGUGACUUCGGCUCGUCAUCAUGCAUUCGCAACACGUGUAUCUUUGGUGGUUCGCCGAAAGGGCCUCAGGCUCGCGAUCUCGAGCGUGGAGUGGAGAUUUGUAUCGCUACACCUGGCAGGUUGAUUGAUUUUCUGGAAAAAGGAACGACGAACUUGCGCAGAUGUACGUAUCUGGUUUUGGAUGAGGCGGAUCGCAUGCUGGACAUGGGUUUCGAACCUCAGAUUCGUAAGAUCAUUGAGCAAAUUCGGCCGGAUCGACAAGUGCUCAUGUGGUCUGCAACCUGGCCGAAAGAGGUACAAGCACUCGCGGAAGAUUUCCUCACGGAUUACAUCCAGAUCAAUAUCGGGUCGUUGAACCUGGCGGCCAACCACAACAUCCGUCAGAUCAUCGAGAUCUGUCAGGAGCAUGAGAAGGAGAUGAAAUUGUCGCAAUUGUUACGCGAGAUCGGAACCGAGCGCGGCAGCAAGAUGAUCAUAUUCGUAGAGACGAAGAAGAAGGUGGACGACAUUACGAAGGCGAUCAAACGCGAGGGCUGGCCCGCCAUCUCCAUCCACGGCGACAAGUCGCAGCCCGAGCGCGAUUACGUACUGUCCGAGUUCCGCAACGGGAAAACAAUGAUUCUGGUUGCAACUGAUGUAGCAGCGCGCGGUCUAGACGUCGAGGAUGUCAAGUACGUCAUCAACUUCGACUAUCCGAACAGCUCCGAGGACUACAUCCACAGGAUCGGCAGAACCGGUCGCUGUCAAAGCGCGGGCACUGCCUACGCUUAUUUCACGCCGAACAACGCGAGACAGGCGAAGGAACUGAUCGCGGUACUGGAGGAAGCCGGCCAAGCGAUAAACCCACAACUGGCGGACAUGGCGAACUCCGUCAAGAACCAGUACGGCAAAGGACGGCAGCGGUGGAGCCACGGACGCGGCAACAAGACCAACACCACCCACGUAAAUCUGAGAAACAAUAUCAGCCCGACGAUAAACAACUGGCAGAAUCAGCAUAUACCGCAGGUCAGCCAUAAUGCACACCAUAAUCAGGUGACCCAGGAGAAGGCUGUCGUGCGUCAUCAACGUAACAAUAGCUACCAGACCAACCGGCAGAAUAAUUUCCAGCCGCCGCAGCACUCCUAUCAGCAGCAGCAUCAGCAACGCCAAUCCACUGCUAGCUACCAGAACGGCUAUCAAGCGACUGGAAAUGCGUGUCAACCUGCGCAUCAGACCACCAGCGCGCCCAGAUACCAGGGCAGAACUGGAUAUCAGGGUAAUCGUUUCCAGAAUCGGCAGAAUGGCUUCAAUGGUGGCCAGAAUGGACCGAACGUGUAUUCGAUGCCGCCACCGUUUAUGAUGCCGUCGGGUGGCCACGCGGACUCUGGGAUCCAGAAUCUCGUAAACAACAAGUUCUUCCAGACGAACCGACCGCCGCCCAACGCUGGCGCCUGUGCCUAUCAGUCGAUGGGCUAUGGCCAGUUCCAAGCUGUGCCGCCGUACGGAUACCCGUAUCCGCCUACACCAGUGCAGCAGUGACGCUUCCCGCGGUGCAAAGCCGUUAGGGUACGGGCUAAAUGAGAAGAAGGUUCCAGUUCGGUCAAGGUGACCGGAGAAGUUUCUGGCUUGCAGAAAGGUCUGCAUGGUUUCCACGUUCAUGAAUUUGGCGACAAUACCAAUG